CCCAGGAUCUCGAAAUGCAUCGUGAUUCCUGCCCGUUAGAUUGUAAGGUGUAUGUAGGUAAUCUUGGAAACAAUGGGAACAAGUCUGAAUUAGAACGGGCUUUUGGCUAUUGUGGACCACUCCGAAAUGUGUGGGUUGCUCGAUACCCUCCUGUCUUUGCGUUCGUUGAAUUUGAGGGUCCCCGAGAUGCCGUUGAUGCUGUCCCAGCGUUAGAUGGAAGAACACUAUGCGGCUGCCGCAUAAGAGUGGAACUUUCAAAUGGUGAAAAAAGAAGUCGGAACCGUGGCCCACCUCCCUCCUGGGGUCGUCGUCAUCCUCCACCUCGGCGAAGAUCUCCAAGAAGGAGAAGCUUCUCUCGAAGCCAGAGCAGGUCACUUUCUAGAGAUAGGAGAAGAGAAAGGUCUCUGUCUCGUGACAGAAAUCACAAGCCAUCUCAAUCCUUCUCUCGGUCUCGUAGCUGA